AUGGCUGGGAGUUACUAUCAUAAUUUUAACGCUACUGCCGGAGGUAACUAUCUGUGUUUAUCAAGUUCGCCGCAGUGGGACUAUUCCACAACGACAGAAGAUAACAAUGUAGCUAUUACAGGUGUAGAAUAUAGAUUCUCUCCACACCAAGAAAGUGAUUUAGCCUCAUUUCUGGGUCAAAAUUUAAAUGGAAUACAAGCCCCCUGUGCUGUGUGCCACCUUCCGUUGGCAACCUUUCUCAUGAUACCUGGUAGAACGGACUGCUAUGCGGGAUGGACCAAGGAAUACAGCGGCUACGUCGUCACCGGCUAUAUUGGAGUUCCUCAUUCAUCGGAGUAUGUCUGCCUUGAUCGGCGACCAGACAGUAUAGUCGGUACCGGAAAUCGAGAGGGUAAUAACAUGAUGUACUUUGUGGAAGCACACUGCCAGUCGGGACUUGAGUGUCCCCCGUACGAGAAUGGUAGAGAAUUAGCAUGUGUCAUUUGUUCAAAAGCAAUCUAUUGA